AUGAAGUUUAUCGACCCGUAUACUGCCGACGAGACUGAGCUUCGGCUCUUACAGUCAGAGCCUGUUUCGUUUUUGGUCCUUGGGAAAGCGAAGUCUGGUAAAUCAGAGCUUGCAGCGCAUAUCGCUCAAGAAUGGGGCGUCAAACUCAUUUCCGAAAUCACUUUGAUCGAGAACGAAAUCAACUCCGGCUCUGAUUUCGGCAUCGAGAUCAAAUCUUCCCUCGACAACGGUGGCGUUGUGAACAAAUCGCAAAUCGCCAAACUCUAUCUCAAUGCUUUGACAUCGGAAGCAGCUGAACAUUAUGGCGCCGUUGUUGACGGCAUUCCAGAUGUCGAAAAUAAGGAGCUGCUUAAAAUUAUUAAAGCAAAAACACGAGUCGUUGUUAACAUCAAAAUGAACAGCGAUGAUUCCACUCGUUCUCGCUCAACAAUGCGCUACGAUCCCGUUUCCGGCCGUGGCUUCAACCUCGAUUGUGCUCUUCCGGAAUCCGAUGCCGGCGAAGAAGCAGGAGAAUCAGAUGAUUUGGGCGUUGAUUUCAAGGAUAUCGUCAGUAAUGAAAAAUUCAUCCAACGAUCGGAAGACUUGCCGGAAGGAAUUUCAGAAGAUUUGGAAAACUUCGCAACAAAGAUUCUUCCCGUUCACGAAGAUCUGCUUACAACUUGUCAGCAGAGCUACCGUGGAACUGUGGUCGAAGUCUUCAAUUUCUCCGGCAUUUCCCUUCCCGAUGUGAAGGAAAACAUGAUGCGCCAAAUUCAUGUGCUCGAUAUUCCCCGCGCACUAAUCCCCAUCGAGCUCAAGAAUAUCGAAGAGCUGCCGGAAGAAAUUUCGACCGAUGAGCUGUUACGUUCCGAGCGAUACGAAAACUUCAAAAUCAACCCGCGAAAAUAUCUUAUUCCAACGAAACCGAAUAAUCCUCUUCGAAUCGCUGUUACUGGCUUCCCCGAGUCUGGAAAAUCAACGAUCUCUGAAGAACUCGCCAAGCUCUUCAACUGCUCGAUCAUUCGACCAGAAGAACUCGUUGUCGAAGAAAAACAAAAAGCGAAUAAAGAAGCUCUUGCGAAAAAACGAGCAGAAGUAACUGAGCUCGCUUUGAGCAUGGUCCAAACGACCCUUGGAGCCGAUGAAAAAGCAGAAGAAACUGAUCCACGAGUUCAAGAAAUCAUCAACGCUCAAAUGGCCGAUGCUAGUCAAGCUGAAGGUCCGCCACUUCCACCAGCUGUCUACGUUGCCAAGAUAAAGCAGCACGUGGCCGAGUUGUGCGAGUCGAGGAAAAACGCUGGCGAGGGGCUCUGCAAUGGGCGCUGGAUUAUUGACGGCUUUCCAAAUACGAAAGCGGACUGGAACGCGUUGUCGGAGGAAGGCUUUGUGCCAAAUGACUUGAUCGUCAUUAGAUCCCAAAGUGAUGGGUACGAAGAUCUCAUCGAAGCUCACUUCUUACGAAAUCAAGAACGACUCACCGAGGCUUAUCAGACUCGAAGAAAAGCGGAGAAAGAAGAAGGCGAAGAUAUAGUGAUCGAACCACGGCCACCGCUGACGGCGACAGAAUUUGACCCGUUCCGCAGUUCUAUUCGAAACUGCGACAGCGCACUCGCUCAGCUCACGACAAACAUUUACUCUUCCGAAACCAGCGUGCUGCAGCUGAAGUAUUCCCAUGACAAUAUGGGCGAGAUGAUCAAGGAGGUCGAUUCGCACAUCGAAAGUAGGUUCGAAAUCCAACCCUGGCCAUGGACGGGCAUCGACCAGCAGGACGAAGAAGACGACUCCGAGUUCCUCGGCGAAUCCGAAGAAGAUCCUUUCCUCGCAAACAGAGACUGGGGAAAUACGAAAAACUUCGAUCCAGUACUCUUAAAAGACACAAAUGUCCUCGUCCCUGGCGAUCUGGAGUUUCAAAUCAAGUACAAGGACGAUAUCUUCUGCUGUAUGGACGAGGAUAAUCGUGAAAAGUUCCUAAACGCUCCUGAAAAAUACGUCUCGAACGAAAAGCCCUCCACUCCGCCGCCGAUCAGAAUUUGCUGCGUCGGUCAACUUGGAACUGGAAAGUCAACACAAAUGAGCAAACUCGCCAAAGAACAGGGCAUCUUCCACAUUGACUGGAAAGCGUUUUUAGAAGAAAAGCUUUUGGAGAAAUACGAAAAGCGAAUUGGCCCAAGCCAUGUUGAAUCUAACCGUCUUUUGGCUGAGAAAAAGCUUCAUGAAAAAGAAGCGAUGAAAACGAUGUUAGACACAAUUGUCUAUCCUCCAUCUCCAGACAAUUCGGAAGACAGCUCGAAAGAGGAAGAAAACGAUCCAGAAGAAGAGAGCAUCAAGGAGUUCCUUGAAAGCGGCGAGCCAAUUCCUUACGAUACUCUGGACAAACUUCUAGCCCAGUUCUGGCGGGAAGACCCUUACAAAUCAAAAGGAUUCAUUCUCGAAGGAUUCCCAAGCUCAGCUGAUGACUUGCGAUACAUCUCCGGCUCGGCCAACUUUCCCGACGCUCUUCUCGUUCUGAAGUGCGAAAAAGAAGUUACAGUCAAGCGAUUGCUUCCAGGAAGAAUGGCGACUUGGCAAGAGUGGCAUGACUUGAAAGAAAAGCGACGACAGAUCAUUCGAGAGCACAAAGAAGGCGUUCGGGACAGAUGGAUCGAAGCCGAAACAGCGAUCGCCAUGGCCGAGGAGGAGAUCGAAGAAGGAACGGAUGUCGACACGCUGGAGCAGGAAAUGCGCGAGCGAGUGGCAAGCAAGUUCGACGAGGGCUUCUUGGAAGUAGAAGACGAGUUCCCAGAAAGCGUCGAAGAAGCGGAAGAACGACUUACAGGAGAAAUGAUGAACGAGACUGCCCUGGACCGGGAGAGAUUAAACAACAUGUUCGACCUAGUCGAGCAGGCGCAGAUUCCCAAGUUCGAAAUCACCUGCAACAGAAAGCCAGAAGAAGCAUACGCAAAGAUCAAAGUGGCGAUGGAAAAGUUCCUCCCGCCUUAUAGAGCUGCGAUGUUUGAGCGAGUCCGGGGCAUUUCUCUCGCACAGGCGGAGAAUUUACUCAAAGCGAAUUACUUCCAGCUCAGCAGCUUUGGCCACUGGGAUCCAGUCGAACUCACGAAUGGCAACGCCUUUAGACCGCUGGAUCACACUGAAGGGGGCGUCAGCUUCCCGGUCAUUUACAAAUCGUACAUUUACUUCCUCAACUCGCUCGAGAAUCGCACCAAAUUCGUCCGCAAUCCCCUCGCCUAUGUCCAGCAGCAGAUCUCGUCCACUGUCCCCUCUCCUCAUUACAAUCAACGAAUCGCAGUCGUCGGCCCACCAAAGUCGGGAAAAACGACUUUGGCGAAACGAAUGGCCACGGAGCUGGGUUUGUUGAAGGUUUCUGUUGAAGAUGUUGUUGAAACGCUGACGAGUAAAUUCAGCAAGACUGUUAUCGCAGAACAAGUUCACACGAUUUUGAGCGACGGUGGAACCUUGCCCGACGAAUUACUCAUGAUUGGCCUGGAAAAGAUCCUCCUCGAGCCGCAAAGUCAGAUCAGAGGCGUUGUCCUCGACGGAUUUCCCCAGAGCAAGGCGCAAUUUGACGCGCUCCAGAGACGGUCAAUUCUGCCGCUUAGAGUUAUCGAAUUAAAUAUUAGAGAUCAAGAGUGUCACAGAAGAAACGAACAUGAAAUUGCAGUCAAAGAGGCUUAUCAUGCCGCUGUUGAGGCAUCUCUUAUUCCACCCGAAAAAGAUGAAAACGAAGAUGACGAGGAUGAAGAAGAAGACUUCGACGACGAAGAAGAGGAAGAACACGUGCCCAAGGAAAUUCCCAAGCCGGAGGAACUCUACGCAAUCACACACUCGAAGGAAGUGAUGACGGACUUCAUCAAAUCGUACAGAGAAUCAAUUCCAGACGUAAAAACGUCGUACCACGAGCUCUACAGAAACUGGGAAACUCUGAAUGGAAAAGUGAACCGCUGGAAACUUUGGAGCGACGCGCAGAAAUUCUUGAACGGGGCGAAUUGUCAGCUUCAGAAGUAUAUGAAGUGUAUCAAAUCGAGCAACCUGGCGCCGCUCGAUGGCAUUUGUAUCACUCCCAAUGAGUACAACAAACGAUUAGGAAAGUUCAACAACUACUGUCCUGUCUCACUGACGCUUCGAAAAGAGCUCGUCGACUGUACAAAACAAGCAGAUAAAAAGGAAAGAAAUCAAUUCGCGACAGAGUGGAAGGGCAAAUACUUCCGCGUCCAGGGACAAAAACCUGCUUUUGCAAAUCCAGCUCGUUUCCUCGACACGCCUUUGGAACUUCCAGCAGCGCUUCCUUCACAGCUCCCGUCAAAAACCGGAAAAGAAAUUCUCGAAAGUGGGAAGACCUCUUUUACCGAUUUCUGUCCAGUAACGUAUUCCGAGAGCGGCUGCACUUAUGAAGGUUUGAAACGCCCGGACGGAUCGUUUGCUGCUUCGUACAAAGGAAAAACGUACGUUCUUUUAACUGUCAAGGCUCUGGACAAGUUCAUGCGACGGCCGGAAGAUUUCUGCAACUUACAGCUUCCUGCCAAAGUGCCUCCCAAGCCGCUGCCGCUCGUCGAUUUGCCAACCGGUGGUUAUUUGGAACUCGGCACUGGCGAAGCUCUGACAGACGCAAUUGACGCCGUGGGAACUUUCAAGCCGAAGCUGCCGUUUAUUUCCGUUACAGACUCUUCGUUGAUUUUCGUGGCGCUGUAUCUCAAAGCGAACAACAAGAAUAACCCGCUUUAUGUUCGGCAAAAGUGGCAAGCGGCGCUCGACUUGUUCAAAUCGGACUGCGAGAACAUCUCUUUCCUCGGCCGCAAAAUGACCAGAAGAUACAAGCCGAAAGAACAUCGAUUGCCAGAGCUUGACAAGCGAUUGGAGCGAUUCUUUGACCUGGAAAAGUGCCCGAGCUAUUUGACAAGUAUGAAGAUGCCUCUCUGUAAAAAGUAA